AUGGCUGUUUCACCAAGGAUUGUUACUGCCACCGUUAAUCGCACUUUUAUUAACGCACCGUAUACUGCGGUUGCCAUCAAAAAGGUAUUUGAAACCUCCAACAACUUUCGUAGUGACUUUCAUGUUUCCCCUAGCCCUUCUUGGGCCGUUGGCGCUAAACGACGACCUGACGGUUCGAUCCUUUCAAAAACCGUUUUAAAUGCUGCCCCUUUAAAUGGUAAUUUUCAGAGGCGCCUAUCUUCUUCAUCUGCCAUUGUAGAUUCUAGUAAAUCAACUAUAGUUCCUGACUUUUCUAAAUAUCGAAAAAAUACUGAUGAAAAUACAUCUCGAGCAUUUGCCUAUUUGAUGGUUGGAACUACAGGAGCUUUAACAGCUGUUGGUGCAAAAAAUUUUAUCACAGAUUUUCUUGUGAAUAUGAGUGCAUCUGCUGAUAUUUUAGCUUUAGCUAAAGUUGAAGUAGAUUUAACAAAGAUUCCUGAGGGUAAAAAUGUCGUUAUAAAAUGGCGUGGUAAACCUGUUUUUAUUAGACAUAGAACUGCUAGUGAAAUUUCUGAGGCGAAUGAAACUUCAUUAACUGAACUUAGAGAUCCUCAAAAUGAUGCUGACAGAGUUAAAAGACCUGAAUGGCUAGUUAUGCUCGGUGUGUGUACGCAUUUAGGUUGUGUUCCAAUUGGUGAAGCUGGUGAUUACGGAGGUUGGUACUGCCCAUGCCAUGGUUCUCAUUACGAUAUAUCUGGUAGAAUUCGAAAAGGUCCUGCUCCACUUAAUCUUGAAAUUCCUGAAUAUGAUUUUGAAAGCGAUGAGUUACUGGUUAUUGGAUGA